AUGGCUAAAUCAUUAACUCCUGCGAGAAGCAGAGACAAUGUCUUCUCGAGACGUGAGGUAGAGGGCAUGAUUGCCGAGAAUAAGCUCAUUAUCAUCGUCGACGACAAAGUGCUUAGGCUGGAUGGCUGGAUCAAGUUCCACCCCGGUGGUGAUAUGGCUAUCAAGCACAUGAUAGGCAAAGAUGCUACAGAUGAAGUCAACGCACUACAUUCACAGGAAGCCCGUCAGCGCAUGAGCAAAUUCCAAAUUGGCCGCAUAGAAGGACCAUGGACCAAUUUCCUUCCCCCGAUCCAGGGCGGCGAAUUCCGACUCUAUGAUAAAGACGAAGAAGAGAUAAUCGACUCAUCCUCAAGUGAAGACAUUUCUGCGCCACCAUCUCCUAUCUUCGACGCCCAGGUAGAUGGACCAGGCCUCAGACGCAGACUUUCAGUUUCGACCAUCUCUUCAGCAAUCAGCGCCACCCCUCCGCUAGAAACCAAACCCCAUGCAUACGUGAUCGAUGCUCGGACACAAGAGCAAAUCGAGAUGGACAUGGCCAAAUAUCCCCCUCUUGACUUUGAACAUCAAGAGAACAUCAAGCAGAAAUACCGCCAACUCAACAAGCGCAUUCAUGCAGCCGGUCUGUACAAUUGCAACUACUCUGCCUACGCAGUCGAGAUCUCCCGCUACACCCUAUUCUUCGGGCUCUUCCUUUUCUUCCUACACAAGUCCUGGUUCUGCACUUCGGGCCUCUUCCUUGGUUUCUUCUGGCACCAACUUGUCUUCUCUGCCCACGAUGCUGGUCACAUGGGCAUCACACACAAUUAUCAAGUUGAUACAGUUAUUGGCAUGAUCAUCGCAGAUUAUCUGGGAGGUUUGAGUCUGGGUUGGUGGAAGCGGAGCCACAAUGUCCAUCAUAUUGUCACGAAUGCACCCGAGCAUGACCCAGAUAUCGAGUUGAUGCCCUUUUUCGCACUCUCUCACCGAUUCUUCGAUUCCCUCCGCAGCACAUACUAUGACCGCAUCAUGGAGUUUGAUGCAUUUGCUAAGAUUACUGUCAAGUACCAGCACUACAUGUACUACCCUAUUCUUCUCUUCGGACGUUUCAACCUAUACUUCCUGAGCUGGGAGCAUAUCAUUGUCGGACGAGGCCCAAAGCAAGGUGCCGGCUGGUGGCAUCGGUGGUUUGAAUUUGCAGGCCAUCUUUUCUUCUGGGCGUGGUUCGGAUACGGUGUUGUCUGGAGCAGCAUCCCAGACUGGUGGAAUCGAGUGGCUUUUGUGCUCAUUUCACACAUGGUGACCUCCCCGCUCCAUGUGCAGAUCACACUCUCUCACUACGCGAUGUCAACCGCUGAUCUUGGUCCUGCGGAGUCGUUCCCACAAAAGAUGUUGCGCACGACAAUGGAUGUGGAUUGUCCGCCGUGGUUGGACUUUUUCCAUGGAGGACUGCAAUUCCAGGCAAUUCACCACCUGUACCCCCGGAUUCCAAGGCACAACUUGCGCAGGACGCAACAAUUUGUUAAGGAAUUCUGCCAGGAGGUGAAUAUUCCAUAUGCUGUUUUCACCUUCUAUGACGGUAAUAAGGAGGUCAUCAGUCGCUUGGGGGAUGUUGCUAAGCAGGCUAGGAUUCUAGAAGAGUGUCGCAAGGCCUGUGCAGCAGACCCUCAUCACAUGCAUUGA